AUGGGUACCAUGGUGCAGGAGCCACACACCAGCUACAUGAGGGUGAUGAAGAGCUUUGUCCUGCCCACCAUUUCCACCGGGGCCACGCCCCGCGGCACCAGGAAAAGAAGCCCAGAGGCUCCGUGCCUGCCUGGUGCCUGGACCCCCAACUCACUGCAGACCCUUUCCUCCACAGCCUCGCCAGGCAGCGAACUCCCUGCCUGUACCAUCUACCGGCCCUGGUUCUCACCGUACAGCUACUUCAUGUGUACCGAUGGAGCCACCCAGCAGCACCUGGGCAGUCUCUCCUCCAGCCUGGCUGCCAGCACCCAGGAGCCCGAGGAGCCUGAUGACCUCUCAGAGAUCAUCUGCUCCUCUUCUGGCUCCUCGGACAAGACGCAGCCCCCUGAGAGGGACAGGCCAGCCAGUGACAGAGCCAGCAUAACGGUCCGGGACAUCCUCGCUGCUUCCCCGCGGCAACUGGUGCCCCAGUGUGGCUACCAGUGCAUCUCAUGCUGCCGCGUCUUCCCCACGCUGUGGUCGCUCAAGAUCCACAUCCAGCACAGCUCCCAAGAGGGCUAUAGCUGCAAGGUGUACUACCGCAGGCUCAAGGCCCUGUGGGAGAAGGAGCACAAGGAGCAGGAGGCUGCAAGCUCCCAGGGCACCUGUGUAGCCCCGCCAGCCGGGCAGUUGCCGCAGGAGGGCACUGCUCCAUCGCUCCUGCCAGCAGCAAAAUAAAUUGUUUUAGGAGCAGCCGGCCCUGUCUGCCUGCUGCUCAUGCCUACACAACACUUCCGCCAUCAUUUCAGAGGGACUCUUCCCGAAUUUUGCUUCCCCAGCAAUCAAAAAUCUCCCUGGAAAGUGCUGCUUAGCAUCUCUGCAAGGUGCUCUGCAGAUUCCAGGAAUGCCUUGGCACCCUUGAGCUGUCAGGUCAGCCCUGAAAUGAGCCUGCCCCGUGCAGAGGCUGAAGGGGAAGGUUGAUAUCCCUCUACCCCCAGUAACACUCAAGGUACCUCGCUCUCACAGGGAGCCUGUGGCUGGCACCACAAGCAAGGGUCCU